AUGAUCAGCAAACGAUUUAUGUCGUCGUCGUCGAAAACAUCAACGUCGAACUUGAGAAACUUGUCGAAAAACUUGUUCAAAUCCAUACCAAAGCAAGACCAGAAUCAGUAUCAGAAACAAGGGAAGAACGUUGCGUUUGUCACGGGCGUCAUCAUUGUUGGUUCAUAUGUCGCGCUUAGCCAAUCCAACUACUAUAACUUGGAUACAGUGCCCUCAUCGGCCCUGGCACAACAACAGCAGCUACAACAACAGCAACAGCAGCAGCAACAACAGCAACAACUUGGUACGCAAUCCACUUCUGCUUCGUCUGGUACUUCGGCAAAGGGCCCACCGCCGAUUUUGGAUGACAAGAAGUUAUAUUCGACUAGCACAUCCUCUAUACAUCAAAAGAAUAGUAUAAGUCACCAGCAACAUAAAGAAGGUGUCUUUUUGCUAAACGAAGAACAAGUUGACAAGAAAUUGCGCCAAUACGAGGAAAGCUACUAUGUCAAUAGAGGCAAAGGUGUCAAGAGAUAUGACAUUUGCCAACUCCCUUCCAACUCGCCAAUUGAAGAUGAUAGAGCCGAAGAGAUAAUUCAAGUGCCUAUAUUGCAGGACAAUAACAUCAAAGCUACAACCGACUGGAUGUUUUUUGGUGUAUUUGACGGACACGGUGGCUGGACGACCAGCUCGAAAUUGAGAGACCAAAUGAUCAAUUAUGUCAUUUCCGAGUUGGGCACUAUUUACAAGCCCGUGCAAGGCGAGGAGAACUUGAGAUAUGUCCCCAAUAGUGCCACCAUUGACCAGGCCAUCAAGAAUGGAUUUUUGAAGUUGGACCACGAAAUUGUUAAUAAAAACAUUGAAAAAUUGCUUACCGAUGGCAGUAAAGCUAAAGCAGCAGAGUUGUUAAUGCCGGCAUUAUCUGGCUCGUGUGCGCUCUUGGCGUUUUACGACACCAAUUCCAAGAUCUUGAAAGUUGCCGUGACCGGUGACUCGAGAGCAAUACUAGGUUCAUUCAGGAAUAACCACUGGACUGCGAGACAGUUGAGUAUCGACCAGACUGGUGCCAAUCCAACCGAAGUUGCCAAGAUUAUCAGUGAGCAUCCGGAUGAGCCCAAUGUUAUCCGCAACGGACGCGUGUUGGGCAGCUUGGAGCCCACAAGAGCGUUUGGCGACUGUCGAUAUAAACUCCCGGCAUCGAUUCAAGAACGUAUAUACAAACAAUUUUUCGGUAAACGAUUGCCAAAUAACUUGAAGUCGCCGCCCUAUGUCACGGCAGAACCGGUGAUUACAUCAACUAAAAUCAACCCCGAUAACGACGAGUUCUUGGUAAUGGCAAGUGACGGUCUUUACGAAAUGUUGACAAAUGAAGAGAUAGUCGGGCUAGUAGUCAAAUGGAUGGAGCGGGAGAAGAUGGUGCGGCCUCAAAAGUCGCUAUGGAACUUUUUUGGCACCGUGGGCGAGAACAAGUUGCCAGAGGUGGAAGAUAUCACCAUGGAUAAGGCAAGCAAAAAGCCAAUACGCAAGAGCAGCGGCGGCGGGUUUUUGUUACAAGAUAAAAAUGUGUCGACGCACUUGAUACGAAACGCUUUAUCCAACGGCGGCUCAAAAGAGCAGACUUCCAUGAUAAUAUCCAUCCCCAACCCAGUUUCAAGAAGAUAUAGAGACGACUUGACCGUCACUGUUGUGUUUUUUGGACAAGAUGCUGUGGAACCCGGUUCGGAAUCAGGCCGAUUGGAGAUUAACCCUGAAGCCACCGCUGGUGGUGCCGAUGCUUCAAAGCCUAAAUUGUAA